AUGUCGAGCAUUGAGUGGAUCGAUGGGCCAAUGCUGGUUGGCGUGUUUUUCAACUGUAUUUUAUUCGGAGUCAUGGUCAUGCAAGUUGGUUCAUCACGAUACCAACUUAAGGCGUUCAUGUACUUCCAGACCUACAAAGCAGACCAAACUUGGAUCCGCUGGUUUGUUUUUUACCUGAUCAUUGCUGAGACAGUAAACACGUGUUGUGAUAUGUAUCUCAUCUACCAGCCUCUCGUUCAAGAGUACAAUACCUCUGCUGCUGUAACGUACUUCCCCAUGACUCCCAUUGUUACCGUUUGCGUAUCAACCCCUGUUCAAAUAUUCACAGCUUGGCGCAUCAGCGUGGUCUCCCAAAGGAAAAUAAUGGCCAUCAUAAUCAGCCUUUGUGCGUUACUCUCAUUUGUGGGCGCUUUCUGGGUGGGAGUGGAAGUUGUAACCUUCAAACUCUUUUCCCAAAAGGCGUCAUUCCGAUUCAAUCUUCCUGCGGUGAUAUGGUUUACAGCCUCUGUAGCAGCUGACUUGUUGAUUACGGUAACCCUGGUACUCAGUCUGUCGGCACGGAGGACUGGAUACAUGUUUACAAACGUAUCCAUCAAUCGGAUUAUCCGUAUGACAAUCCAGACGGGUCUCACAACCCUGCUUUUCGCGAUCGCCGAUCUGCUCUCAUUCACCAUAUCUCCACAAACAGCAGAAAACUUCGUCUGGGACUUUUCAAUUUCAAAGCUAUACACGAAUGCCCUACUAAGUACACUCAAUGCACGUGUUGGCUGGGGCAAUCUGACCUCAGGCGAUCGUGACCCAGAAAACGUGUUAUUUGGCGACUCGACAACGCAAACAGGGUCGUAUCCUUCCAGAAAUUCCACGAGUAAUGCGGGGGCACGCCGAAGGAAUAUUACCACUAGCACUGCUUCAGAAACUGUGGGCUCUUACGAGCUGCAACCGUCCAGUUUCAGGGGAGAUGUCCACAUCAAUAUCGUAAAGCAUACUAUCAGCGAUUACACUCCUGAACUUCACGACAAUGCGGUACAGGGCUACACCCAAUGA